AUGGGAGAUACUCAAUCCAUAAUUAAGACAUUAAGAGAAUUGAAUUCUAAUCUUGUUCAUCAGAUUGCUGAACUUAGAAAAAAGUACUCUGAGAUCGAGGCUGAGAAUGUGAGGCUAAAGCAGGUUAUAGAAGAGAAUACAAAACGCGAUACUAGAGUCAAGGAAUUAGAGCAAAAGAAUAUAGAGCUUGAGACUAGGCUCUCUAUAUUAGAACAGGGAGAAAAAGAAAAAAGUAUUUCUACAGAAGAUAUUUUUCAAUCUUCAAAUACCGUUCCUAUUAUCUCCCGUGAACAAAGCUUUAUCCAGAAAAUAUCUGCAUCUCCAUCUAUCCAAGAUUAUAACUCCAUAUCUCCGGAUCAUAUGACUGAAAUUUCGCUGACCCAAAAUUCGAAUCAGGUUAGCGAAAAUCAUUUUGAUACUAAACGUAAUACAUUACAGAAGCAAACAGAAAGAACUAGAAAAAUUUACAGCCUAUUCGAAAAAAUAGGUUUAGACAAGGUCCAAUAUAUUAAAUCAUAUAGUGCAAAUGCUAUUUCGAAAUUUACUAAUUCUCAGAUUCAAAUGAUUAUAGAUCACUUUACCAAAAAGCCUGAUAUAGAAUAUACCGAUGAACAGGACAAUUCUUCAGAUGAUCAAGAUUCGGAAUUACCAGAAGCUUCGGUAAAUGCAUCUACUGGAACCGAGGUAAGUGAAGUAAGUGAUACAAAUGCCAAUGAUAACAAACCACAAUCUUUAAUUACUACUUUAUCUGACGAUGAACCAGAAAAUUUCUCCGAUGACGAUGAAUUCACCAAUGAUAACGAAGACGAUGGGAGCUUCUGUGGUUUCUCUGAUGACGAUGAUGAAGCUUCCGCUUCUAAUAAUGCAACCGAAGAAAAGCAGGCUCCCACUUUAGCCGAAGUGGUUAGAAAGCUGGACACAGAAAAUCUUAUCGAAUUUUUACGUGGGGAAGAAGACUUGCAACUCAACGAUGCUCAUUUCAAAAUCUUACGCAAGCGGGAGAUCGCUGGCCGAGAUUUCCUCAAGAUGACUUUAGGGAUUGUGGGUUGGAAAUAG